AUGCUCAUGCCUCCUUCUACGGCGUUCCGCACGCAGCGUCUGACCAGUAAUACCUUUUUGGUCAGCGAACACAGUGAUGUCUACCAAGAGCACCCCCAGAUCUUCGUGAAAAGAGUCCCCUCCGCUCAGACGAUCGUGGUCAUCGACACUGGAUGUGGGGGGGCGAGUGAAAUUUCAGAUGUUGAGAUCACGAGUUUGCGAACGUAUCUUGAAGAAAUACCACUCGAAUGCAACGACAACCAGCCUCUCAAUACGGGCGGUUCUCUCCAGUAUGUUGUUGUCCUCACGCAUUGCCACUACGACCAUAUCUUGGCAAUCGAACAAUUUUGCGACUCGAGAAUUCUGGUUUCGGCGCAUUCGCCAUCCUUCAUUUCUGCUUCAAAUCUACCAAAGCACAGUCUCUGCGAGAGUCUAGGAAUCAGAACCCCACACUAUUUGCCGCAACUAGUGCCUCAUCACCAUGAAGUGCAUUCAAUGUCCAAUGUGCCACUGGGCAUCUUGAUUCUUCACACUCCAGGGCACGUCCCAGACGAACUCGCCAUCUAUGACAAAGAAGAAAAAAUGCUUUACGUCGGGGACACCCUUUACGAAGAUGAGAUGAUCAUAUUCCCCAACGAGGGCUCGAUUGUCGAGUGGUUUGCUUCUACCGCCAGUUUGAUAACGCUGGUCAAAACAGAGGGACCAGAUGUUCGCAUAAAUUCGGGUCAUAAAACCUCAUGUCGCCCAGCAUACGAGGUGCUGCAUUCGACCAGGAACUUCAUCAAAGACGUCGUGAUGGGCAAGGAACCCGUUCAACGAAGAGAGUGGCGGCGGGGCGAAGAAAAUGUAGUUUAUCUUCAGGAAGGAGGGCGAUUUUCCUUGCGCUGUCCAGAGCGAUUGGUGCUGGAAGCACGUGAACACAAAGGUGUCUAG